AUGUCCAACUCCUUCUCACCAAGAGACUUUAUACUCGGCAUUGUUGUCGGCUUCCUCAUCGCGGUUGCUCUUAUAUCCAUCGGCACAUUCACGUUACUCCGCACAAGCGACAUCUACUCACUCGGGCACUGGAAACUGAACCUCAGGACCCCCUUUCGGAAAACGGAUGACGGAAAGCCGAUAGAGCAUUUUGACGAAGCGACGCACACCCUGUUGGAGCGGAUCCUAGAAGUGGCGGGACUCUGUGCAAAAGACGACUCUCCGAUCAAGAGUGAUUCCGUUGCGGUGCUCGACCUGGGCUUUGGGUGCGGCGACCAGACCAUCGCAAUGGCUAAACUGAUCCGCGCUGAGAAGAGGUCGCACUUCCGGUACGUGGGACUCACGCUGGAUGAGGCGCAGCUUCGGACUGCGCGGAGGACAGUCGACAGAGCCCUUGCAUUGGGCCAUGACGGAGAGGCAGCCGGAUUGUCCCAAGGCUCGUUCAGAUUGUUCCGCGCAAAUGCAGCCAAGCCCGAAACAUGGAGUAGGACUAUACGCUCGUCGGUGGAUGCUUUGGCAGAUGAGACCUUCUCUGAGCGCUGGCUCAUGGCGCUGGAUUGUCUGUAUCACUUCUCACCUUCUAGGAAGCCCAUCUUUAGCCUUGCGGGCAAGGCUUUAAACGCACAUGUUAUGGCUUUCGACUUGAUUCUAGAUGAAGAGGCAUCGAGCUGGAACACCAUGUUGGUGAGGCUUGUCGGGUUAGUCAUGGGAUGCCCCCUGUACACGUUUCUUACAGGGGCGCAGUACCGGGAGCAACUGAUUGAGUGUGGUUACGACGGAGAACACAUUGAGAUUCGGGAUAUUUCGGAUCAUGUGUUUGCCGGCGUGUCCGGGUAUCUGAAAAGACAGGAAGCUGCCCUAGGCCAGUAUGGUAUAUCCCUGGGAGGCUACAAGUUGGCUGGGAGGCUGUUCGAGUGGUUUGAUAGAACUAGAGUGGUGAAGGCAGCCAUUGUGGUUGGGCGGACAAAGGGGACCAGCUGA